GUCACUAUGUGUUUCAGUGCGAUAGAGAAAGUGUUCAACAGUCGCGGUGUCAGACGUGGAAAGAGGAAGGAACAUGAAGACCCACUUUUCAACAGCGGUGAUAUUAGCAGGUUGGAUGAUAUUUGGAGGCAGCACAACGAGCAAUGAGCCGCCAGCAACUACAGAUACAGUUACAACUCCAUUCACAUCACAUGUAGCGUUAUCACCAAACACCACAAACGCCACUGAGGCGCAAACAACGACUGAAUCGGUCUCCACGACCCCCAGUACAAGUGAAACAACCGCUGGGUCCUCAGAAAGCGUGGGCACGAGCACUACGAGCAACUCCACACCAACUGAGACAACAGCAGACACGACCUCUGUCUAUAACACUACCUCCGCGGGGACUGAGCUCACAGGCACGAGCGCGCCACACAACACGAGCGCGCCACACAACACGAGCGCAGUCACAUCGAGCUGGGUGAACGAAACUCAGACUACAUCCUCCUCAGAGAGCCCUGCCUCACUGGAGACAACACUGGGAAGCACAAAGCCGGUUAUUACCACUGACGAAAGCGCACCUUCAACUGUAAUUACUACGAUAACAACAGUGGCCUCUACUUCUACACUGUCAACGCCUGGGACUGAAACAACAACAAAAGGAACCGACAAUACUGCAUCAUCCCGAUCAGCACUCACCGAUUCUGUUGAAGAAGAAAAGAAGGAUCCAAAGGCCUUGAGCUCAGGAAGUGUCGCUGCCAUCGUAAUCGGCUUUCUUGCCAUUGUACUAAUUGUACUUGCUGGUGUGUACUACUUAAAGAUUCGAUCCUCUUCUUACGGACGUCUUUUGGAUGAUGGGGAACACAGCUCUGUGGGGAAUUUUCUGAACCCAAUGUUUGAUGGCUAAAUGGAGGAGCAUUCGUGAAGAAAUAUUUGAUUCUGAGGAACAACCUUCACGUCUUUCUUAAGCAAUGAAUAUGGUAACAUUAGAUUCUAUAUUUUGGCAAAAUAUCAUAAUAAGAUGAUGCACUGACCAGAAUCAUCAAGACUUCGACGUCCUGUGAGUAUUACUAUGAAGACGGGUUUACAGGGCAUUUUGGUCCUGUUCGAAGGAAGUUUUUAAGUGAUGUCCUUGAAAUUUAUUUUUUUGUUGUUGGUUGUUGUCGUGUAAUUUAUUUUCUCAAUUAUAUUUUUCAUCUUAUUUACAUUGCUUGCUCUGUUCGUCUCAUGCUCAUAUAUUGGAGUGUAAAUAAACCACGUUACAAACGUUAGCAAAAUCAAAUCCUUGCAUCUCAAACAGGCCACUUGCGAUCGUUACUGGUCUCAAAGAGUGACCUUAUCAUAAACCAUAAUUACAGCCCUGGCCUCCCUUUGUUCAUCCAAAGACAGUCCCUGUUUUAACACAAAGUCCGUUUAACAUUUCUGCAUCCUCUACAAUAACAGAUCUUUCCCCGUGUCAUUGUAAUAGCAGGGAUCCACAAGCAGCGUGCAAUUAAGCAUUUAAACAGUCAAGAGACUUAAAAAUAAGCCAUCAAGCAAACGGAGGCUCAUUAACAACACAUCUGCUGUUCGGGCUUGUUUGAGAUCAGGUUUAGUAAGUCGUGCUUCAGCAGUUUACAGCAUCCAGAAAUGUAUUUUUGAAUGUUCAAAACCACGGAUUUAGUUUCCUCUCCGAGUUUUUUAUUAUCUGUUUACCAGCAACCAUUGUUUCCUGUUUUUUGGAAAUGCUCUAUUUUUAAGAAUGGUAUAAACCAUAUGAACAAUGUCCAAAUCACUGGUCUAAUGCUGCAGCUACUGAGUGUAAAACUGUUGAUGUGUUUGUAAAAUGAUGAAAUUAAAAAUCACUAAUAUAUUAUAUCA